ACGCCGACGUUGUUCCAGUGAGCCUUUUCGUGUCUUUCGGCUUAUGAGAGUCCAAACUAAAGAAGGCUUUGAAUGGGCUGGCCCCUCAGUACAUCUCAGACCUCACCCAAAAUUACACUCCAGCGCCACACUGAGGUCCGGAAGCCAGCUCCAACUGGUGGUGCCUAAGACCAGACUUAAGACCAGGGGAGACCGGGCCUUUUCCGUAGUCGGCCCAAAGCUGUGGAACACUCUCCCCCCUCAUCAGCUGAUAAAGAUCGUCUUGUCGUCAUGGCUGCCGUCUUUUUGACGCUCUGGGGCCUCACUCUGUUGAUUCAAGCAGCGGCCUCCUCGUGCGGCGUCACCUGCUACACGGACUACGACGUCCUGCUCAACUGCUCGUGUGCUUCCGUACCGUCGCAGCCGCUCCGCCUUCAGGUCAACUGCAGCUCACCAGCUGAUUCUCCGUUUCGCUGCUGUAGUGACGGAGAACUUCACGCCAUGGACAACUGCCAGGUCACACCUCGUCGGCCCUGGUGCGUCAUGUACCCGGACGCGCUCUACGACGUCGCCGCCAUCGGCACCGAAUGCACGGCGUGCGUCAGCCAUCAAGGAGGGCCGGCGGACGUCAUCACGCCAAGCGAAUCAUCCAGCUGGGCGCUGAGUGACGUGGUGAAACCUCUGCCCCCUUCCGACGUGCGAGUGACGAGCGCCGGCGGGUCCUACAACAUCACGUGGGACAACAACAAUAAAAGGCACCGUCUUACCUACAGGCUGCGCAUCCGAGCACACCAAGGCCUGUCGCAGCAUCCAGAACUUUCCUUCUCAGUGGAUGAAAAGUUCCUCCUGUUGGAUUGCAAGAAGCUGCCCCACAGGUUUAGUGUGGAGCUUCAGGCCAAAAUGUCUCCCGGUAGCCCGUGUCAGGGUCCGUGGAGCGAGUGGAGCUCCACGGCUGAGUGGACGUCAACGCCCGCAGACUCCCCAGACAUUGCAGAGAAACGAUCCUGGCUGUACAUCCUCCUGGCCGUCGUCCUUGUGGUUGCUGCGCUGCUGUUGGGUUUCUCCCAGAAACCGUUGUUGCUGAAAAAACUCCAUCUGAGCACGUACGUUUCCAAGCCGCACGACUUCUUCAAGCCCCUCUACCUCAACUACGGCGGCAACUUCAAGGAGUGGGUGAAGCCUGUGUUCAGCGAGUACGACUUUUCUAGCAAUAACGCUCACGUGGACAUCAUGACCAAGAAGCGGCUCCACUGUGACAACAGCCACCAAAGCUCAGAUGAAGCAGAACCAGCCGGCUGUCUCCUCCAUCACAUCCCCGUUCCAGACUGCAGCCCGCUGCUCAAGUCCCAGGAUGGCGGGAGUGCGCAGGGCACUGGGCUCUCUGCUGGACACGUGUCCAUCCACACGGUGACUCUGUCUGGAGAGGAAGACUUUGACAAGGAGGCGUCAUGGAGCUCGCUCAGAAGUGACCGUGAGUCUCCAAGCUACAGAGAGCUGGUGAGCUGUGAUUCCGAUGAGCCUGACAUGUUCCAGAUGGAAAGACACAGUGGGAUAUUACAAGAGGACAGCCAAACAUUCAACACGUCAAACACUUGCCUCAGAGAACCAGAGAGAGCCUCACUGGCCUCCAAUGAGCAGUCAGAGGACGGCUACCCUUGUGUGGACCUGGACACUGUGGACAGUGGCUACGGGGAGUGCGGAAGCCCGUCCGACUCCAACUCUGGAGAGCAUCGAGAUUUUUUACACGCGCACCAGCCAUCACGUUCCAACUACGUGAAACAGUGGAUGACGUAUAGCACUGCUGGAGAAGACUCUGCAAACCAUCUCCACUGAACAAUGUGAUGGACCAAUAUUCUUUUUUCUCUUUAUGGAUUGUUUAUGUUGUUAAUAGUUCACACAUAUCAUCCCAAGAAGAGAAACAACGCCUUAUGAAGAGUGGGGGGACAUUUUAUAGUACAUUUUCUCAUCUUUCGUCUUCUCUUGAAAUUAUGAUGCCUGUUUUUUGUCUCUUGAAGCAAAAUAUGGUUCCCAGAAGAGUCAUUGCGCCAAACAUUUAAAAAGUCAACUUUGUCAUAAAUUAAUUGUAAACAGUUUAGAGUAGUUGUGUCCAAACUUUUUUCCACUGAGGGCUGCACACUGAAAACUAAAAGGACGUAGGGGGCCACUUUGAUAUUUUUAUUUUGUAAAAAGACUAAAGGCAUACUG